AGUUGAAGAAGAGGGGCAUAGGAAAUGGAGAAGAUGCAAGAACAACAGCAUCAACAAGCUCUUCUCUAAUCACCCCUUCACAAAUCUCACUUUUAAUACUUCAACCACUCUCUCACUUUCUCUUAUUCAUAGAUCUAAAAACCCCUAAAACCCUUUGAUGAUCAUGUAAACCAAAACAUCCGGUAAGUGUUUAUUGUUAAUAUUAUCCGGUUAACUGAUUGUGCUGUGUUUACUGGUUUAAACUCUCCGAUCUUUGUAUUUUUGAAUACCCUUUUGAAAUCUGUAUCUAUAUGUGUGUGUCCGUACACACACAAGUUAGACAUACUUUUUGUGUUUUGAUGAAUUUUACCCGACCGGUUUUCAGUUCAAGAAACGGUUUUUUUUGGUAAAAAUUUCUGCUUUUUGAUCGGUUGAGGAAUGGGAUUUUUGUGGGUUGAUUGACAAGAAACGGCAUUGAUGAAGCAUGUUCGUUGUUUUCAGAGCAAGAAAAAGUACAAGUUGGUAUGCGUGUGCAGAUCAAAGUCAUGGGCUAGGUUGUUUGUACACAGUUUGACCGUUGACCUUCGUAUAUUUUUCUCAAAAAGUUAGCCAACAUGAGCCAAUUAAGCGUUGAAACCGGAGAUACUUUCGCUACUUUACUUGAACUGGCUGCAAAUAAUGACAUUGAAGGGUUCGAAAAAUCGAUCGAAUCCGACCCUUCUGGUGUUGAUGAGGUUGGGCUGUGGUAUGGCCGUCAAAAAGGGUCAAAACAGAUGGUUCUUGAACACCGAACUCCGUUAAUGGUGGCUGCGAUGUACGGAAGCACUGAUGUUUUGAAAUUAAUUCUUGAACGAUCGAAAGCUGAUGUGAAUCAAUUAUGUGGUGUUGAUAAAACCACUGCGCUUCAUUGUGCUGCUUCUGGUGGAUCUUUAAACGCUGUUGAAAUCGUUAAGCUGUUGUUGCUCGCGGGUGCUGAUCGGAAUUUGAUAGAUGUUAACGGGCUUCGACCUGUAGAUGUGCUUGUUGUUUCACCGAAGUUUCCAGAUAUGAAAAAGACACUAGAAGAGCUUCUUGGUGUUGAUGGUGAAAGUACUAUUUUGCCCUUGCCGGAGCCGGAGCCAGAGCCAGAGCCAGAACCAGAAACUGAACCCUAUCAUGAUCCGGAAUCGGAUUUGGUAUGUUCGCUAAAGGAGUUGAAUUUCGGUGACCCGAAACGAGAAUACCCUAUUGACCCAUCAUUACCUGAUAUCAAGAACAGUAUUUACUCAACUGAUGAGUUCAGGAUGUACUCGUUUAAGGUGCGGCCCUGUUCGCGGGCGUACUCUCACGAUUGGACCGAAUGCCCGUUCGUCCACCCGGGUGAAAACGCACGUAGGCGGGACCCAAGGAAAUACCAUUACAGUUGUGUACCAUGUCCUGAUUUCCGAAAAGGCACGUGUCGAAGAGGUGAUAUGUGCGAGUACGCUCACGGGGUUUUCGAGUGUUGGUUACACCCAGCCCAAUACCGGACCCGUUUAUGUAAAGAUGGCCAGGGUUGUAACCGACGGGUCUGUUUCUUUGCUCACGCACAAGAAGAGCUUCGCCCGUUGUUCGUGUCGACUGGCUCUGCGGUCCCGUCACCGCGGUCAACUUCCGGCCCGAGUGCGUUGGAUUUCGCUGCGGCGAUGAGCUUGAUGCCUGGUCCGGGCCAGAGCCCGUCUUUUACACCACCUAUGUCACCUAAUGCGAAUGGCAACUGGGCUCAACCGAAUGUCCCGUCUUUGCAUUUACCGGGAAGUAACCUUCAGUCAAGUCGUUUAAGAUCGUCACUAAAUGCUAGAGAUAUGGAUCAGGAACUGAAUAUGCAGCUUUUAAAUGAAUUGAACCGACAACGGUCGGUUUUAACUCCGACAAAACUCGAUGAUAUUUUCGCAGCCGAGAGUUCGUCUCCCAGGUUUUCCGAUCAAUCGGUUUUUUCACCGAGACAUAAUUCGUCAGUUUUUAACCAGUUUCAGCAACAACAGAGUAUGUUGUCACCGAUCAACACAAACUUUUCACCAAAAAAUACUCCGUUUUCGGUACAAUCUCCCGGGCGAAUGUCCCCUCGAAGCAUUGACCCGAUUUCACCCAUGAGUUCGCGGGUUUCUAUGUUGGCACGCGAAAAUCAACACCAGUUUAGGAGUUUGAGUUCUCGGGAACUCGGGUCAAGAUCCAGUGGUGUUACGGGGUCGGGUGUUGAUCCGUGGUCAAAUUGGGGUUCGGGUAAUGAGAAAGCUGAGUGGGGGGUUAAUGUUAGUUCGGAUGAAUUCGGUAAGCUUCGAAGAUCAUCGUCUUUUGAAAAUGGAAAUGGCGGGAAUAACGGGGAGGAACCUGAUCUGUCAUGGGUUCAGUCUCUUGUUAAAGAAACUCCUCUGGAAAAGAUGGCGGCUCAUGGCGGUGGUUCUGGUGGUGGCGGGGCGUUUGGUGAAGGCGGCAGCGGUAGCAAUGGUGGUGAGAAGUCAAACAUGCAGAUUGACCAAAUCGAUCAAUCGGCACUGAGUGCAUGGAUUGAGCAAAUGCAGCUUGAUCAUCUUGUUGCUCAACAGAAUUGAAAUCAUGGAAGGAGGUAAAUAACAAAGAUCCGAUUUUCGGUUUCGAUUUUGAUUUUUGGGGAAGAAAUAUGGCAACAAAAAGGAGGAAUGAACAAGGUUCUCUCCAGUUAUUUUUAAUUUAAUUAUUAUAAUACAAGCAGAAGUUAGAAAGAUUAGAACAAGAUAAUCUUGAUAUUAGAAAUUUUCUAAAAAGGAAUUAAUUAUUACCAAUAUUAAUUAUUAAUAUUAAUGUUUAUCGACAGUAAAAUUUCCCUCAUUUUUCUUGUUAUUUGAGAGAUGCAAGGGGGGUGAUGUAAUCAUGUCUAGUGCAGAUCUCAUAGUGUUUUGGUGAGGAUGAUGAUGAUGAUGAUAACUGAUGUAGCAAUGAUUUGGAUCAAUAUUAUUUUGUCCAUUUAUCAUAUAACAUUUUGCAUAUGGUUUUAUUUUCUUG